AUGGGUUUGCAAGGUACACUCAAAAGCUUCAACUUCACUUCUUUCCCCGACCUUGUUCAUCUUCGAUUCACCAACUUUACUAUCUUUGGGACCAUUCCAUCUCAGAUAAGUAGCCUUUCCAAACUUAGAUUCCUAGCUUUGUCUUACAAUCAACUCAACGGUGAAAUUCCAUCAGAGAUCACUAUGGUAACAAGUCUUCAAUUCUUGUAUCUUGGUGUUAAUCAUCUCAGUGGCUCCACACCAUCGGGUAUAGGAAAGAUAAGUUAUCUUAUAGAACUAGAUGUGAGUUACAACAACCUCAGUGGUUCAAUCCCUGCAUCUUUGGGUGAUUUGUACAAUCUUACCUAUUUAGGACUCCAAGUUAAUGCACUUUCUGGUUCUAUUCCUUUAGAAAUAGGAGGUUUGAAAAAUCUGAGUGUGCUAUAUAUGUACAAAAAUUCUCUAACAGGAUCCAUCCCCUUCACGUUUGGGAAUUUAACAAAGCUGACAACCUCAUAUCUGUAUAAGAAUAAUCUUUCCGGUCCUAUUCCUUUAGAAAUAGGAAACUUGGCAUCCCUUGUAGAGUUAGAUAUGUCUGAAAAUCUCCUGACAGGAUCCAUCCGCUCCACUUUUGGGAACUUAACCAAGCUGACAUACUUAUCUCUGUAUAAGAAUAGUCUUUCUGGUCCUAUUCCUUUAGAGAUGGUGGGAAACUUGGCACCCCUAGUAGAUUGGGAAAAUCUUCUGACAGGAUCCAUCCCCUCCAUGAUUGGCAACUUAACCAAGCUGACAACCUUAUAUCUGUAUAAGAAUAGUCUUUCCGGUGCUAUUCCUUUAGAGAGAGGAAACUUGGCAUCCCUUAUAGAGUUAGAUAUGUCUGAAAAUCUCCUGACAGGAUCCAUCCCCUCCACUUUUGGGAACUUUACCAAAUUAACCAAAUUAGAUCUGUCUAUAAAUCUUCUGAUAGGUUCGAUUCCACAUAGUUUUGGAAACUUUUCCAAGUUGAAGCAAUUGUACUUGUUUGAUAAUCAACUAUCUGGCAUCAUCCCUGCAUUUAUAGGAAAUCUGAAAUCUUUAGUUACCCUACAAUUUAGUGGCAACAAUUUAAUCGGCAAUUUACCGCAACAAUUAUGUGUUGGUGGAUCACUUUCCUAUUUCUCUGCAUCUGACAAUAGUUUAACGGGUCCCAUCUCGAAAGGCUUGAUAAAUUGCACAAGCUUACUGAGAGUCUGA